UGAGCCUGCCGCGCCGCUCCGCUGCACCCCUCUCGCCUCGAAUUGCGCGCCCAAGCUGAUCUGAAGCAGCGUGAAGAACUCAUCAGCAACGAUGCUGCGGGUGGGUCGUUCAAUGGGCGGCAGCGCCGAGGCGAAGACCUGGGCCCCUGCGCUUUGCUGUCGAGUGCGUCACGUGCGACCAGCAUGCCCAAGGACCGCCGGUCAGCUCGACAGUUUGCUGUUCCAGACGACUCGAGCAGCUGGCAGCGCCAGGAUGGGCUUUCUUGUUCUCCUUGUCCUCUCGAAUCUGUUCAUGCCGACGUCGUCGCCCAUCGGGGAUUGCGGCAUGAGAGCAGCCAGAGCAGAGGACAAAGGGAUGCAACCCGCAGGUCUGCGUCAUCCUGCCUCUGCAGUGACAGAGAGGCGUCGCUAGGCAUAGCUCGGGCGAGGGUCGAACAAGAUCGCGAGCGCUCGGCAUGCUUUGAUAUGGAGCCCAUGACAAGGACAGAAGAGUGGUCCAGGCUGCGGCUCUGUGCGCAUUUGUGGGCGAUGCUGGACCGCACCGCCGUGCCCAUCGCUGCCGCGCUCGCCUUCUGCGCCGCCUGGCUCUGCACGGCGGCCCGCAUGUGCGGCCCUUGCAUCAUCGCAUGCACGCUGUGGUCGUGCAGCGCAGCAAGAGUGUGGCACACCUAGGCGGUGUGUGGCGAGCGGUCCGUGCUGAGGACCGAGCGUCAGAGUCGCCGCUGUGGCUCGCCGCGUCGCCGCUGCCUCUGCACCGUCACACAGCUCGAGGUCUGCCGCUAUGCCUCGCCUGCACAUGCGACGAGCCAAGCUAAGUCUGGGGCUCGAGCGGCACAAGGGCGUGCAGCGGCAAGAGCGCGGAGGGAGGCAGCAUGCAG